ACGACUACGAAACGAUCGUGUCUCUGUCGCAAAACACGAAAACGCAUUUCAAUUGUAUCUAACGGUCUCGAUCGACUAAUGCACGCUGUAUAGGUACAUYCGUAUACAGAACGCAAUAAAACUGAUUACAAUAUUCGCGUAAGUCUGCUGGCUGUAUGGGUAUACGAUUUCGUCGCACUGCAGCUCAGACCAAACUCGAGAGASGGUCUCACGCACGGACACGACACUGCUGGUGCAUCUGCAUAAAUAAUAAUUUUAAUAUCAACAGUAUAAUCACAUUGGACCUGAUCGCGACGAUGACGUGCGCGUUUCAAUAAACAGUUGUCCGCUGCGGUCACCCAACGACGACGACGACGCUCCGGCCAUUGCAUGUCGUACAUGUCGCCGAGGGACGUUGUCGGCGUCCGCGCCGCCGGCAGCAUCAGCCUGUCGCCGGGUAGUUGUAUGGAAGCGCUCAGCGAGAGUUCGGCGUCGAGCGCGACGGCCGCGGCGGGUGGCUCUGUCACCGUGUCCGAUUUCUUGCAGACCAAGCGCAGCCUGUCGUUCUCGUCCGAACAGGUGUCGUGCAUGUGCGAGGCUCUCCAGCAGUCCGGCGACGUGGACAGGCUGGCCCGGUUCCUGUGGUACCUACCGCCGAGCGAACUGCUCCGUGGCCAAGAGACCGUCCUCCGGGCCAGAGCCCUAGUGGCGUUUCACAGGAACGCAUUCCACGAGCUGUAUGCCAUACUAGAGAGCCAGAGUUUCGACUCUAGGCACCACCUGCAGCUCCAGCAGUUGUGGUUCAAGGCGCACUAUCUGGAAGCAGAGAAGAUCCGCGGUCGGUCGCUAGGCGCAGUGGACAAGUAUCGGUUGCGCAAGAAGUACCCUCUGCCGAAGACCAUAUGGGACGGCGAGGAGACCGUUUACUGUUUCAAGGAGAAGUCGAGGAACGCGCUGAAGGACUGUUACCUAAAGAACAGGUACCCUACACCGGACGAGAAACGCGAGCUGGCGCGGAGGACGGGUCUGACGCUCACGCAAGUCAGCAACUGGUUCAAAAACCGGCGGCAGCGUGACAGGACGCCCCAGCAGCACAGGUCAGUUGCAAUAGUUUUUUUGGUUAAUAAUUGA